CUCGAAAGAACAAGAACACCGGCACCUUCCCCUUCAACCAGCCAGCGCAAACUGCAACCUUUGCUUUGAGAACAACGCCCACCCUCUUGAGACGCCGUCGCAACUGCCUCUUCUUCAACCGCAUCACUGUGCGACUGUCAAGCACACGGCUUGCAACCCGGCGCGACGUUGUUCCCAUCAGCCCAUCGGCGCCAUGGCAGAACCAUGGCAUGAGGUGAUCGAAAUUCUAUCUGACAGCGAUGAUGACCAAGAAGCUGCGAACACUCCUCCAAGUGACUCCAUGGAAGAUGACGAGUGGAUCAUCGCUUAUAGAGCAGCCGGAAUGCCACUUGCCGUCGACCCAACUGAGGCACAUGAGGGUGCAGAUGUCUCUUCAGAGCGGACUCAAGAGGCUCUCACCGAAGACGAUUUCUUGACCAAGGUUCUCGAGGUUUAUCCCGACAUCGCACAUGAACACGUGCGACAACUGCACCGCGAUGCCGUUCAAAAAGGCGAAAAGACCGACGUCUCUUGGUGUGAAGUCAUCAUUGUACGUAUUCUGGAUGACGGACUUUAUCCUAAGGAGAGAGACCGGCGGCGGGAUUUAAAGCGAAAGAGACAACCUUCGCCCGCCCCAGAAGACAUCGUAACUACGAUAUGGGGAGAUGGACACUAUGAAGUUGGAUCAAAGCUUUACACUUUAUACGCCACUGAGAUUCUCGCCAACGAGUUCUCUUACGUUCCCAAGAAGUUCAUCGGCGAUACACUGAAGCGAGAGAUAACUCUAUACCACGCACACGUAGCAUUAGAGGAACUCCAACAGAAGGACCACACUCCUUACACUAAAGUCAGAAAGGCUCGCCACCAUCAAGAACUCUCGCCAAACAUGCCCAAUCUAUUCAAGGAGCUGGAAGCUGCCAAAAAGAAAAUCAAGGGAGAUACUGAUAAACGCCUAAAAGCGGAAAAGGAGCGCAAGGCCGAAGAAGAAAAUGAACGCGUUUCCCGUGUCGAAGGCAACAUUGCGGAAUGCGGUUGCUGCUUUACAGAAUACCCCACGAACCGCAUGACGUUUUGCAACGGCACCGAGACCGAUAUACAUUUUUUCUGCCACGAAUGCGCUCAGAGCUACGUCAAAGCAGAGAUAGGCCAGGGGAAAUGUCGCCCCAAAUGCAUGGAUACGAGCGGUUGCCCUGCAAUAUUUGCUCGUGCACAGCUGCAAAACUUUCUCGAUGAGAAGACUUUUGAGGUUUUGGAGCGGUUCCAGCAACAGGAAGACCUUCGACUUGCCGGCCUAGAUGACAUGGAAGAAUGUCCAUUUUGCGAUUUCAAGAUGAUCUGCCUGCCAAAGGAAGUAGAUCGGGAGUUCCGAUGCCAGCACCCAGACUGCAAGAUAGUCAGCUGUCGGCUUUGUCGCAUGGAGACACACGUGCCCCUCACGUGUGAACAGGCCUCCAAGGAUAAGAAGGUAGACGUACGGCAUUUGGUCGAGGAAGCUAUGACGGCAGCACUCGUCAGAGAGUGCAACAAAUGCAAGAACAAGUUCGUCAAGGAAUUCGGUUGCAACAAAAUGACUUGUCCGACAUGUGGUAAUGUUCAGUGCUACAUAUGCUCCAAGAACACCCGCAGCUACGAACACUUCCAAGAUAAACCGGAAAAAUGCCCUUUGUAUGACAAUACCGAUGAGCGUCACGACGACGAAGUCAAGAAAGCGGAAGCAGCGGCCUUGGAACAGAUCAAGAAGGAUCAUCCAGAACUACAGAACGAGGAUCUUAAGAUCGAGGUCUCGGAUGCCGUCAAGCAGGUCGAGAAACAGCGCAUUCAAAACGGAGCCGCCCGUGUGCCAGUCAACUAUGCGAUUCCACAACAAGCGCAUUUAGUAGGCCAAUUUGCGAUCCCGCCCGUUGCUGGAAGGCCACUUCACAAUGUGGGUGCACCUCACGCCGGAGUACCAGUCGCCGCAGCUCCUCCCCCAUGA